AUGCGGUACCGCGUCUAUGCGAAAUCCAUCCACGCCUUUUCUCAACCAGUAUAUGAUGAUUUCCUGUGCCAUCACAUAAAAAUAAACAAGCCUUUAACGCGCGAUUCAACAAUUGCCUACUACGAGCACAAUAUAGUUGCAUCUCCACCGGAUAGACGAGUCACGAGAGACGAUAUCGGGGUGGCCUCAGCCGGCAGCGGCAGCGGCAGCGGCGUAGCGGUGAAUAACGCGGCUGCUACCGGCUGUAGCAGCGCAAGCGGCGCAGCAUCCUCGAGGACGUGCAAUCCUUCCUCUUCCCCCGGUCGGAACGGCCAACUCUCCAAACAAGGCACUUUGACGAUAGUACGCCGAAGUUCCGGCAAAAGCAAAAGCAUCACUGGUGGGGAUUUCGAAAGUUCUCCACCACCGCACAAUCCCGAUACUUCGUAUUUAUCGAGUCAAUCCGUCGAUCUCGAUGAGAUCCUCGAUAAUGUCGAUCUCACGACGGAUUCGCUUCCUGCCGUUGACACCCCCGACGCAUGCGACAAAGCUGCCCUCAGAUUGAGGUGUUUAUUGAGGCAGCUACAACAUGGGGAGAUAUCCGCCGAAUUACUUCAACGAAACUUGCACUACGCAGCUCGCGUACUCGAGGCUGUUUUCAUCGACGAGACCAAAGAUGCUGAGCGUGUGGAGUCAACCGCCAUAUGUCGUCCGGGUGUACGCCGUAGACGAUUGGCGGAUGAAGAUGACGAGCUGUCAGAGGUGCAGCCAGAUGCGGUACCACCGGAAGUACGCGAAUGGCUAGCAUCGACUUUCACCAGGCAGCUCGCCACCACUAGGCGGAAAGCCGAUGAGAAACCGAAAUUCCGCUCGGUCGCCCAUGCUAUCAGGGCGGGCAUAUUCGUCGAUCGGAUCUAUAGGAGAGUCACCAACACCGCUCUCAUGCAAUUUCCGCCGGAAGUCGUCAAAGUACUUAAGACUUUAGACGAUUGGUCGUUCGAUGUAUUUUCCUUGAAUGAGGCCGCUCUGGGCACGCCAGUGAAAUACCUGGGCUAUGACCUCCUCAAUCGAUAUGGUAUGAUUCACAAGUUUAAAGUACCUCCCGUAGUUUUGGAGUGCUUUCUCGGAAGAGUUGAGGAGGGUUAUUGCAGGCAUCGAAACCCAUACCACAACAACCUCCACGCUGCCGAUGUUGCGCAAACGAUGCAUUACAUCCUAUGUCAAACGGGUUUGAUGAAUUGGCUGACCGACCUCGAGAUUUUCGCCACUCUUGUGGCAGCGAUUAUUCAUGAUUACGAGCAUACUGGGACCACAAACAAUUUCCACGUAAUGUCCGGUAGUGAUACAGCGCUCCUAUAUAACGACCGAGCUGUGUUAGAAAAUCAUCACAUCUCGGCCAGUUUUCGGAUACUCAGAGAAGAUGAUUGUAACAUACUGCAAAAUUUAUCGAGAGAAGAAUUUCGAGAAUUUCGAUCACUCGUGAUUGACAUGGUUCUUGCCACCGAUAUGAGUUUUCACUUUCAACAGUUAAAAAAUAUGAAAAAUUUACUAAGUUUGGCAGAGCCAAGCGUGGAUAAAAGCAAAGCUGUUAGCUUAGUUCUCCAUUGUUGCGAUAUUUCGCAUCCUGCCAAAAGAUGGGAUCUUCACCAUAGAUGGACGAUGCAACUUCUUGAAGAAUUCUUCAGACAAGGUGAUAAAGAGAGAGAGCUUGGAUUGCCAUUUUCUCCUCUAUGCGACCGCAAUAAUACGUUGGUAGCUGAAUCUCAAAUAGGAUUCAUAGAAUUCAUUGUCGAGCCUAGCAUGCAAGUAUGCAGUGACAUGCUAGAAACCGUUCUCGCGCCGCUCAAUGUCAAGGAUACCGUGGAUGAACCCAGCAAUGGUUCAGGAGGAGAAAAUAAGAGAUUUAAGAUUGGCAAACCUUGGAUCCCGUGUCUCGCAGAGAAUAAAAAAGUCUGGAAAGAACAAGCAGUUCGAGAUGCAGAAGCCAAAGCACAAAAGGAACAAGAACAAAAGACCAGCAGCAAUCGCGAGGACGGUGGGGGAGCGCAAGCCUCGACCGAAGAAUGAAAAAUAUACCGGACAAUUGUAUUUUUCAAGAAUCUCUGUAAUUUUAGAUUACGGGGAUUACGGGGAAGUUCGUGAUCACAUUGGACGGCAUCUAUCAUAAGUUUACGGACUGUUAUUACGCUUACGAAUGAUAGCCAAGCGUCAUUCGGUAGUACAAAUAGACAUACAGACAUUAGAUAUGAGUGGAAAUGACGAUCUAUAAAUCUAUACACAAAAAUAUAAAUUUAUAAAAUAUGUUGAGGAAUAAUUUGUUUAUAGAUUGACACCAAAGACUCAAGUCAUGUAUCUCUCCCGCUAUUUCUAUAGAAUAUUCAUAAAAUAUAUCUUAACCGAUUGUUUUUUUCUAUUCCGUAAUAUUUUAUCUCUAUUUGAUCUCAUUAUAUUAGUUACAACGCUCCUCGAGAUAAUCACCGCCGAUUAGACCGUCGCAAUGAUUAGACGUCAUUUCCUGUCAAUUUCGAAGGCUCCUUAAGAUCCGCUUUUGUGAAAGCUUUUAAUUUUUAAAUGAAAUAUUUACGAUUGAUGAUUUGACAUCUUAAAAUCUUCCUCUAAAUUAUUUAUAAAUAGAUGAAUAUAUGGUAUAUAAUUAAAUAUAUGAUAAAGGAAUUGAUAACAGAACAACAUAAAUUAUCGUGAACUAUGUUGCAAUUAAUUGAUACAAGUAAAAUGUGAAUCAUUUGUUCUCUUUUACCGGGACAAGAAUUGAUGUAACAGCAGAGUCUUAAAAAGAAAAAAAUCACGUGUACAUUGUGUGGAAGGUACACUUUACAGAAAGAAAGAGGUGUAUUCUCAAAACACAAGCACGCAUCGAGUGACAAAAGAAAGAAACUUAUAUUUGCUGAUAUCAACAACUUUAAGAAUCUUAUUUGUUAGAAGAUGUUUAUUUCAAAACGUAUUGUUUCUCUCAACGCUACGUAAGUAAAUGAAAUUUAAUACAUCGAGCGAGAUCUACCGGUUAUUUUAUACCGAAUGAAAUAAUUAAAUCGUAUAUUUUCUGAAAAGCAAUAUAUAUUUAUAACCAAUAUUUUUCUCUUCUAAAAGAAGUCUAAUAAUGACGAAGUCUAAACAAUGUAAAAUAUUUGGCAUGCAUAAUGUUACAAUUGCAAUUCAUAAUGGCUAUCUUCUUUUACUUCUAUAUGAUUUUGAAUGAAUAUUACAAUUAUCGACGGUGAUUUACGCAAGACUUGUAUUUAUUGGAUAAGAAUCUCAGAAACUUAACGCAGCAGUUUUUUUUACUAUUUACUGACGCGUACCGCACAAGAAUAUGAAUAUUGCACAAAACAUUUGUAUUUUUCUUGCAAUCUUUUUUAUUUAUUUUUCUCAACGAGAAAGAGAUUCUUUGCGAAUAAUCGGGGCCUGAGGUUUUCAAUGCGAUUUUUGUAAAUGUAGAGUGUAAAACAUUGGUUGUGACGGACCAAUUGGAAACUUGAGAACGUCAAUCUUUCUCGUUCACAUGUUAUUUAUUAAAAGUCGCAACAAAAAAGAAAUUCGUAGGAGAAAGGUAUCCUUGUACAUACAGUUUGUUAAGUGUGUAUUCGUAUACACGUACUGGUUCAGCUUUAAUGUGUGUAUGUAAUGUAUAAAGAAAAACAAAUAACAAGAUACGGCUAAUGUCUAAACAGCGUACGCGUACUACGUAUAUUCCAGGUAUACGUACAUAUAUAUACAAAUGAAAGAGAAAGAGAACAUUAUUUUGUUGAACUCCUCGCGAUAUCGCGGCUAGAAUAUGUACAUGUUAGCGCAUGUUAGCGCGCGACGCACACGUCCGUAUUUAAGUUUCUAAUUAAACAUAUCCAUAAUUAAACGAAUGCGCGUUAUAAACGCAUAAAAAUUCUUGAUAUAAUGAUGGAUAGUUACCAUUGUAUCAAUGCAUCAUUAUCAUCCUAUGUCAUACGCGUAAAAGAAUCGGACAUUUCGAUGCGAUAAAAGAUUUAUGAUUCUUUGUCUCUUUUUUACUUCUUAUUGUGUAAAGAAAAUAUUGCCGCUAUUACAGACUUUUUACUUCGUGAUUUAUGGCUAUGCAAAAAUAUAUGUAUAUAAUUUUUAUCGCAUAUUUGCGCGUUAUAGUAAUCGCGUAAAAGAGUCACGGUGCGGUCUCGCUUCGCGUGUAUGUACUUCGCGCGAGACACUACCGUGUCUCUUGAUUUGUUACUUAUUGUUAGUAGUUCGUGCCAUGAUAGUUAAAUAAUAAGAAGAAAUAGUAAGUGAACUUGUGUAGAGUGAGCUUUUUUCUGGUCAAAAGGACGUCUAAUUUAUUUUUAUUUGUUUAUUAAAUUUAUAAUAAAUGAUAAAUGAAAGUAUUUACCGAAAUUGAAUCCGAUUCUGUGUACGUGGCAAUAAUUUGAGAUAAGGCUCUAUGGAGAAACCGUUACAAGCAUAGAGCUAGCAGUUUUUCGAGUGGAAUGUUUUAUCAUCACAGAUAUAUUAUAUACAUAUAUCGAUAUAUAGAUGUAUAGGAUAAUCUCACUAUUUCGAGAUUGAACAUAUCCGUCCUGUAUUUAUUUAAUUUCCAUCAUUCAAUCGUGCGCGCGCGCAUGAAUUUGCUAGUGACUGCUAUGAAACAGAUGUUUCGUGCUAUUAAUACAAUAUAAUAGACAAAGCUAUCUUCUUCUUAUCGUCAUCUUGUGACGUAGCCUGACUAAAUCAACUAAAUCAAAAAUUAGCAUAGAAGAUUCGGGAAAGACCCGAACAAACUUCAAAAAAUUAACUGCUAUGCUCAAUUAAACUUUGUUUUAUAUUUAAUUUCUUUAACACAGAUAUUAUUCGGAUAUUUGUAAAUCGAAAUUCAAAUAUUUUCAUGUAAAAUUUAAAUAAGCAAAAUUUUUUGUACUUAAAACGUUUGUUUUAUUUUUUAUUUCAAGGAUACGCAGCGGCAGUAAACGUUGUAAAGUUAGCUUAGUUGUUUCAUAAGAUUCAGACGUUAAUGUCUAUGCGCCGGACGUGUAUAAUUAAAUUUUUUUCUGCAGCGGACGAGGGGCCAAAACGCGUGAUAGAAUUAAAGUACAUUAAAACCACGAUUGCAUUAAGAGAAUUAUUGACCAGUCACGUAAAUAAAAUCGGUCAUAGCAUAAAGAUAUUAUUUGAACUCGCGUGGCGCUUGUCGCUCUCAAUAAAUGAAUAACAAAACGCCCGCAUUGCUUUAAACUCGAAAGAUCGUAGGCUAAAUCCAUUCUGCAUUGGAUACAUACGCGUUUAUUUAUUUACGUGGCUCGGUCAUUUAAUCGUCUAGAGAACUCUCUUUAAAUUAACACUGGCCUUUUCCUUAUACGCGAUAUGCGCGAUAAUUUAAAUCAAGAAAGGGGAAGGAGGGGGGGAGGGAGAGAGAGAGAGAAAGAGAAAAUAAAAAUUAAGCGACGCUGAUAUUUAACGGUGUCGCAAGCACGUUUAUGCUUUGAGAUAAAGCACUUUCCAAAUAUGUUUGGUAUAAGCGGAUGAUUAGUUAAUUGAGUAGUUUGAUAAGACGAGCGAGAAUUUCGCGAUAUAUCGCUUGGGAUGACAAAGGUGUUUCAACAAUACUCGACCAAUACUAUUAACUCUUAAGAUAAAAGUGCACACGUAAAUUCCUUUUUUUUCUUAAAUCUCUCUUUACUUCUCUCGAAUUAGUAUGUCCGUAUACUAUUCGUAAUCUCGUUAGUCUCGAUUAUUGUAAAUCUCAGUAGACGAUGCGUUCGUGCCAUUAUACAUUAAUACUAAUCGUUUCUAAAUGUGUCACCGCGGGUCGGUUUAUUUCCCAGCACAAUUUAAUACAACAGUAUGUACAUAACCGUCUAACUUAAUUCAGCACCAUGUCCACAUUCGAUGUGAUGUAAUGAAAUGUAAACGUAUAACGAGAGAUAUAUUAAUAUAUUACGCAAAGAUGCGUCACGUGUAUGAUUUUAGCAUUGUACUCUGCGUAACUCUACAAAGAAAUAAAAAUACUCGAUUACUUAAA